CACCAAUGAUAUUCAUCUUAAAAUACACACAAAUGAUUACCACAUGAAAACAACCCCUAUUAGCUACUCUUCCACCUGUAGCUUUCCUAAUCUGAAAUUUCAGAUUAGUAAGAUGUUACAACAUUUUUUUUCUCAUCAAAAAGUUAUCCCACGUUCUAUCCAAAAGAAAUAUUUUAAUCUCAUUCGUUCAAAACUACUCAAUAGAUAUUUUCUUGUCAAAUCACGUGCUGAUAAAGUCACACAAAGAAAUUCCCGGACAAAAACUUUCUUUAACUUUUCUUAUAAACGUUAUCAUUUUUAUUUUGGUAUUUUUACACCAUGUAACUUCUCCACUGCUUACAAUUUUGGAACUGAACACACACAGUUGUGUUGUGUCCCCUCCCCUUACAUUAUGUCUCACAAUAGACGCGCUUGCGUCUCUCACCAUAAACAUUUAGAUAUUUUUCACAAUAUUAAGAAACCUACCCCGUUAUCACAUAAUAACGUAAAUGACAAACGGUUUCAUGCAACCCUUACCUUUAAACAAUGGCGCUAUCAUGCCAAAAAACAUGUAUUUUCAAAUCGUCUCGGAAUUUCCUAUGACGUCUCAUAUUUAGCUAAUGGACACAAAUUCCUUCAUACGUAUAAGGAUCGCCGUAUGUAUCGUAAACGAUUGAACAACUUCUGUUCAUCUCACUCCGACAGUAGUACAAGGAGUAAAAAACAAAAAUCCCGUUUUGAACGGGCUAUUAGAUCAGUUUUCAACAAUCGCGGUAAUAACCAAAAUUCUCAUAGACGCGUGGAUACUCUUGAAGAAAAGCUUCGUCAAGCUAAACACUAUCGCUUCCUAUUUUUACCUUCACAAUAUGUUAAUAAACCUUUACAACAUUUAAAAUAUCACAAAAGACUAGUGCUCUGAGAUGAGACACAUUAUAAUUUUCCUAUACCACCUGAUUUACACAAACCUCUUGGCGUAAUGUCUGCUACCGUCAAGGCUAAAGAACCACCUUCUCGACCAGAUCCAGGGAAUAAUUCAUUUAGUACUUCAAUUACUCACUCAUCUGCCACCACCUCACAACCCAUUCU